UGGACUUUGGGUCCCAGACUUUAGGUCUCAGCUCCAUAUAUAAACAGCCAGACACUGCCACACUGACACAGAGAACCUCAAUCCCAACACAGGAAACGUGUCUUAAACACCGGCAUGAAGGUCUUUGUAGUACUUGCACUUGCAGUAUUUUCUGCAGGUUGUCAUGCCAACAUUCUGUGGGCUGAUGAGCCCAAACCACAGCUGGAAAAGGUGACCGAUGCAUUCUGGGAGUAUGUUGCCAAGGCUACGCAAACCACUGAAGAGACUCUGAAGAUGAUCAGGGAGUCUCAGCUGGGCCAAGCGGUUAAUGCCAAGAUUACAGAAAGUGCUGAUGUGGCUAACCAAUACACAGUGGCUCUGCGUGGUCAGCUGACCCCACUGGCCGAAGAUACGUUGACUCAGAUUUUCAAACAAGCAGAGGUUCUGAGGGAACGUCUGGCAGAGGAUGUGAGCUCGGCUAAGGGUAAGCUGGAGCCAUACACCGAUGAGCUGAAGGCUAAAAUUCAGGAACGAGUGGAGCAGCUGAAGGGGGGAAUAGCCCCUUAUGCAGAUUCCCUGGACACCGAAGCCCUGAAGACCACCCUGCUCCAAAAGAGUGAAGAAAUGAAGGCCAGUCUGGAUGAGAACGUGAAGGAGCUGCAGACCAAGCUGGGCCCAUACACUGAGGAGCUCCGGGAGAAAGUGGACCAGCGUCUGCAGGAGUUCAAGGACAACGUAGCUCCUCUGGCUGAGAACAUCCAGAGCCAGAUGAUGCAGAGAGCAAAGACGGUCCAGCAGAGUCUGGCACCUUAUGCUGAAGACCUGAGGGAGAAGCUGGACCCCUAUGCCCAGGACCUGAAAACCAAGUUAAGCUCACUCUGGGAAUCCUUCAUCAGUAGCAGUUAAAAACAAAACUCCAAAUCCUUUCUGAACAUUGCUAGUGAGCAUUUCAGAGAUACGAUUUCUCUUGAUCCUGCUUUAUCAAAACAAUGCCUGGCCAAUACAGUCACACAAACAGGACCACACUGCAUUUGAAACAAAACCAAACUGUGAGACCACUCUGAGAUAUUAGUUUCUAACUACUGAGCACUUUAUUUUAUUCAUACAAUGUAUGUUUGGUUUUGUGAAUGCUGCAUGAAAUGUAUAUGGUUGACUUCACACUGUAAUGAAUGAUAUUUACAAUAAAUAUAUUUUAAAACA